UUGACUUGCAACGCAUCUUAACUCUUCAUCUCUAUUCCAUCACCAACCUCUAUCCAGCUUCACACCCCAACCACCCACUUCAUUUCCGAGACAUCCAAAGCGACUUCACACCGAACAGCAUCAGCAGACAUUUUGCCACCUCCUGGGCGACGGAAAUUCGAUCAUAACAACAACAACAACAACACCACCACCACAACAAGGCCCCCACUGGAAUCACCAAACUCAAAAAUCCAUCACAAACACAUACUUCUGCAAUCAUGGCCAGCUAUCAGUACGGGAUGCCGACAUACGGAGCGCACGCUCAGAACCACCAGCACCAUGCCGGUGGGCGCAGUCGUCGUGGGCCGAGAGUGUCUUCGAGCAACGCCCAACGUCAAUACAGGGCGCAGAAGAGCCCGAAAGAGGAGGCACCACAAGUGCAAACAUACAAUGACUACUUGCGAGUGCUAGAAGCGGCAAGAGGGUUCGACUUCGACGACGACGAGGUCUUUUGCCCGUUCGACCUCCUGACCGAGGAUGAUUUGCAAUCUAUCCAUUCCUCGUCUGCCUCCGACAGAGGCUCGCUAUCGUCAGGCUCGCCCGAGGGCUCUCCUCUGCAACAGCAAGUUCAGCCUACAUCCUCAUUACUCCUGCCUUCGAUACCUACCUCGUACACUCCGGUGAACUAUCAUCAAGCGCAAACAAAGCUUCACCAACCCAUGGCGCAGCGCAACCGUAAUGCCAUUCCUAUCGUGGACCCUUCUACCCGCUCUGCGUCGAGUGUCUCGCCAGGCCGACAAGUUCAGCAGCCGCAGCAGUACGGCCAGCGUCGCUGGGCAUAAGUACUGGUCGUACUGCCACAAGUGAUGCUAUGAAACGUUCUGCGUUGUCGGGCUGGCGGGCCUCUCUACUCCAAUACAUGUUUGCGCACCAUGUGUUGGCCUUUUACCAUUCCAGCGAUACCUUUUGUACAAACAAAUACGACAUUUAGAACGAGUGGAAGUAGCGCUCUUCCCCGACCUGGACAACGGCGUUUACCACAGCAUUACGAAGUACUAUGAACGAAGCAUUUCACGGGACGGCAAUGAUUCUCGACUUUGAUCUCUGCGAGCGAGCGAUGAUACACGGACGGGAAACGAAUUGUUGGGAAGCAUUUAUCCGGACGACGAUUGUGGCUUUGAUUUUCCUUCCUCACUCUUAUUUAUUGUUUUGCUAUUCUGUGUUGUUUUGCACGGUGUUUUGGUGGCGGUGGUGGCAGUACCAGUGGGGCGAGUGUCACGAAAAACAGCAAGCGAAGAGCGCAAUUUCAUACUCUGUCUGCGUGUCUUAUCAUGAUAAAAACCAGCUCUGGGAUGAAGGGCGAAAAACUGGGGGAAACUUGGCCAUUGUGGACAACCUGACCGAACGGCGAUUCUGUGGUUGUGGCCAUUGCUUGCUUUUUAUUUUUUAUUCGACGCAUGGUGUUGAGCGGAAAGAUACCGUCGUUGGUUCAAGAUGUUGGUGUUCUGGUGCCUACAAAGAUGGAGCAGGCAUUGCAGGCCUUGCUCGACUACACAUUGUACCUUAUACCCAGCUGCUGCUGCCAUGCAUGCGGCUUGAUACGAAUACAAGGACUUUGCCCAUAC